AUGAUUUUAUGCGAAAUAAAGUGUCUACGAGUCAACCACGUCAGUGUUAAGAUAUUACACUCAAGCAACAACAGAGAAUCCUGUGCGUUGAAAAAGACGUCAUUUGGCACAUUCAAAAGUCAGGACCAAAUUACAGAACAUAGGUUAAAGAAUGAAACCAAACACGAGCUCAGUGAUUUUGACGAUGAAGGCGAGGACCUAAAUUUUUAG